UUUGGUUCAUUUAAAAAGAAAUAAAUAUAUUUUUGGGGGGGGGUGUUGUAAAAUGAAGCACUUGCAGUUCGUGCUUGUGCUGGCCAUCGCUGUCAAUGUUUGGGAGUGCGGCGACGCUAAAUUCGGAGCCGAACGCGGCGGCGAACUGAGCGCCAGGCGGCGACGCUGCUACGACGGCAGCCUGCCCAAACGUCUCAAGAAACGGGAGAGGAAAGUGCUGCUGGACGGGGGCGGCUCCACGACCACUUCCACCACUACCGCCGCCGCCGGUGAAGUUUGCCACCGGCUCUAUCCGCGAGUGUCCUGCUGUCCCACCCGGAGAGCCGCGUAUCAGAUUGCGCACCGUAUGGAUGCACGGAUCUUCUCCACCAACAACACGGAAUGCGGCCGUCUGCUGGAGGAGAUCAAAUGCGCGCGCUGCUCCCCCAACGCGCAGGUGCUGUUCCACCCGUCGGAUCCAGGCAGGUUGCCACACAGGGAGCCCGACCUGCCGCAGCUCUGCCAGGACUUCUGCCGAGAGUUCUACUACACCUGCCGGGGACACGUACCGGAAUUGUUCCAGGCCGACGUGGACGAGUUCUGCCAAUACUACGGCAGACGAGAUGCGGGCCUUUGCUUUCCAGAUUUUCAACGAAAGCAAGCGCAGGGCCAAGAUUCCAACUACUUGGGAGAUGAGAAAAUGGAAGAUAUCAGCAGGAAACACAAACACAACUGCUACUGUGCCCAGGAGGUGUUGAGUGGUCUACGGCAGCCGGUAGCCGUGGUGCACUGCGGCGACGGAUCUCAGCGACUCUUUGUCCUGGAGCGGGAGGGAUUUGUGCGGAUCCUCGGCCACGACCUGCAGCUGCUCAAGGAGCCCUUCCUAGACAUCCAUAAGCUGGUGCAGAGCGGCCUGAAGGGCGGAGAUGAAAGGGGCCUGCUAAGCCUGGCAUUCCAUCCCAAUUAUAAGAAGAAUGGCAAGCUCUACGUCUCUUACACCACCAACCAGGAGCGCUGGGCCAUCGGCCCGCACGACCACAUUCUCCGCGUGGUCGAGUACACCGUGUCCAGAAAGAACCCCAACCAGGUGGACGCACGCACCCUCCGGGUACUGAUGGAAGUCGCCGAGCUGCACCGGAAACAUUUGGGCGGGCAGCUUCUCUUCAGCCCCGACGGUCUGCUGCACAUUGUUUUAGGCGACGGCAUGAUCACCUUGGACGACAUGGAGGAGAUGGACGGACUCAGUGAUUUCACAGGGUCUGUGCUACGAGUGGACGUGGACACUGAUGAAUGCGCAUCUCCAUAUUCUAUACCGGGGGACAACCCAUACUUCAACAGUACCAACCAGCCGCCGGAAAUAUUCGCGCAAGGUUUACACGAUCCGGGCAGGUGCAGCAUGGAUCGGCUCCAGACGGAAAACGGGAGCCUCCUUUUCCUCUGUACGGACGCCAGCGGCAGAAACUCCACCACGGGGAGAAUUUUGGAGAUUUACAAGGGGAAAGAUUACGAGAACGAACCUUCCGUCUACGACCUGCAGUCCAUCGGAGGAGCGCCGCCGGUUGGCGGUUUCAUCUACAGAGGUUGCCAGUCCAGGCGAUUAUAUGGCAGUUACGUGUUUGGAGAUAAGCUCGGGAACCUGCGGAUUCUCCAGAAGUCGUCGAUAACACCAUCGGCGGCGAGCGAGCAGUGGCAAGAGAAACCGCUUUGUUUGGGCUCGACCGGGUCCUGCGGCUCCACGUUAAUCGGACACAUACUGGGAUUCGGAGAAGAUGAACUGGGUGAAGGAUACAUACUGGCGAGCAGUAAAAGCAUGGCACAGUCACACAGCGGGAAACUCUACAAGUUGGUGGACCCCAAAAGGCCCCUGGUGCCCAAGGAGUGCCAGCGUCAGGUGGAGCCCCCCGAGCUGCUGAUGACAGCUUGUUCCAGACACUGCAAGAACGGACACUGCACGCCCACCGGCAAGUGCUGCUGCAGCCCCGGCUGGGAGGGGCCGCUCUGCCGUAUCGCUAAGUGCGAUCCAGCCUGCCGCAACGGAGGCGUGUGCAUGGAGCCCAACAAGUGCCUGUGCAAAAGCGGCUACUCGGGCAACCAGUGCGAGCAGAGCGAACAAGGCAUGCCCAAUGACCAGGAAAAAGACGGCCUCCUGGACCACAUCAUCGACAUGACCUCGUACCUCCUCGACCUCACCGGCUAUAUCGUAUAAACGGCGGACCGCUCGGUCCUCCCCCCUAAAUCUACCUAGACUCCCAUGAGGUAUCCUUCUUUUUAUUACAGCUGCCUUUCACCGGACGUUACGAAUCCGCACUGGACGAUAAGACUCGCUCACGGAAAAAGCGCUGUCAAGACAUUUCUAAAACAAAACGCCGCCGUGACAGAGCGACUGUUGAUUUUUACGGUGGUGACUUUCAUACACGAGACACUUGGACAUUUUCAACGCGGGAUGAAGAAGAGACACCGGAUUGCGAAAGCUCUGCAUUUUCUUUACGAAACUUUUCGAAAACCAUCUUUGCACACACGCACUCGUGCCAACCAGCUAAUGCUAGCCCCUUUCACGCGGACACCCGGCGGGAAAACAAACGAGCCGGAUUGAUAUGUUGAUUGGUUUUUGCUCGAAACGAUUCAUAUGCCUGAAAUGUUUCAGCAACAAAAAACGCUCAGAAACAUUAACAUUGUUUUGUAUUUUUUAUCGUUUGGUGUGAAAUGGAACUAAUUUUAUGGAAUGUGUACAUGAUAUCGUAUUAAAUCCAUAUAAUCGUCGCACGCUAACUCAUUCACUGCCAUUGACGGUAACUUCAUGAAGCAGACUUGCUCUUAAAAAAAGAAGAAAAAAAUUAAAAAAGACCAAAAUAGCAUUUUAGUAAUUACGUAGUUAUUACAUAGUUAUUACAUAUAGUUAUUAUACAUAUAUAUACAAUGAGUUAUUAUAGAGCAAGUUACUAUUUAUGGUAAUUGAGGUUUUUUUGUUUUUUGUUUUCCUUUUUGUGGGGGGGGGCAAUUAGGACAUUUAACCCUUUAUAAAGCAAGUGAUUAGUGUGACUAUUUUCAGUCAUUAAAAACUAAAUAUUAGCAAAAAUACAUUAAUUGUUUUGUGUUUGUAUUUGUAUAUUUUAUGAAUAUGAAUAAAUAUAAAUGGGGUAAAUGAAUUGGGUUUUUAGAAUAAUUGAAUUAAAAAAAUGAAGUAACAGAGGGUACAAAACACCUUUCAUCAACUUCUUUUGAUGUUUUGAAUAUAAAACAUUUUUUUAAAUGAGGUGCCAUUUGGAUAUAACAGAGUGAACACUAACAGAGGGGACAAAACACCUUUCGUCAACCAUUUUGAUGUUUUCAAUAUAAAAUAAAAAAAUGUAACAUUUUUUUAAUAGGGUGCCGUUUGGACCGAACACAGUGGAGACUAACAGAGGGGACAAAACACCUUUCAUCAACUUUUUUGAUGUUUUGAAUAUAAAAUAAAAAAUUUAACAUUUUUUUAAUAGGGUGCCAUUUGGGACGUAACAGAGUGGACACGAACAGAGGGGACAAAACAACUUUCAUCAACAUUUUUUUUGGGGGGGGGGGUGUUUUGAAUAUAAAAUAAAAAUGUAAACAUUUUUUAAUAAGGUGCCAUUUGGACCCAACAGAGUGGACAAAACACACUUCGUAAACUUUUUUUUUUUUUUUUUUAAAUUAAAUAUGGUGCCAUUUGGACGUAACCCAGUGGACACUAACAGAGGGGACAAAACACUUUUUAUCAACUUUUUUAAAUGUUUUGAAUAUAAAAUAAAAAUGUAAGCAUUUUUUUUUUAAAUAGGGACACUUUUUUUCACGUAUUGAACAUAAAACCAAAAUUUAAACAUUUUUAUUUAAAUAUGGUGCCAUUUGGAUGUAACCAAGUGGACACAAAGAGAGUGGACAAAACACAUUUCAUCAACUUUUUUUUGAUGUUUUGAAUAAAAAAUUAAAAUUUAAGCAUUUUUUUCAAUAGUGUGCCAUUUGGACGUAACAGAAUUGACAAAACACACUUCGUCAACUUUUUUUGAUGUUUUGAAUAUUAAAAAUGUAAACUUUUUUUUUUUUUUUUUUUAAAUAUGGUGCCAUUUGGAUGUAAUCCAGUGGACACUAACAGAGGGGACAAAACACUUUUUAUCAACUUUUUUUUAAUGUUUUGAAUAUAAAAUAAAAAUGUAAGCUUUUUUUUUUUUUUUUUAAUAGGGUGCAAUUUGGACGUAACGGAGUGGACACUAACAGAAGGGACAACAACUAUCAUUAACUUCUUUUGAUGGUUUGAACAUAAAAUAAAAAUUUCAACAUUUUUUUUUAAAUGGGGUGCGAUUUAGACGUAACAGUGGACACUAACAGAGGGGACAAAACACCUUUCAUCAACUUUUUUGAUUUUGUGACUACAAAAUACAAAUUGAAACAUUUUUUAAUAGGGUGCCAUUUGGACAUAACAGAGUGGACAAGACACCAUCACCUUUUUGUUAUGUUUGGAAAUAAAAUUGAAGCAUUUUUUUAAAGAGACGUAACUGAGGGGACACUAACAGAGGGUACAAAUCACCCUUAUUAAUCAACUUUUUUUAUUUUAUGAAAAAAUUUAAAAGAGUGCCAUUUGGACGUAACAGAGUGGACAAAACACCUUUCAUCAACACAUACCGUAAAAGAAAAAUUUAAACAUUUUUUAUAGGGUGCCAUCUGAAUAUAUUAAUAGCAUAGCAAAAUGCCUUUAUCAUUUUUUUUUUAAAUGUUUUGAAUACAAAACAAAAAUUUAAACAUUUCUUAAUAGGAUGCCAUUUAAACAAAACAGAGGGGACAAAACACCUACAUCAACUUUUUUUUGAUGUUUUGAAUAUAAAAUAAAAAUGUAAACAUUUUUUUUUAAUGGGGUACAAUUUAGACGUAACAGAGUGGACACUAACAGAGGGGACAAAACACCUUUCAUCACCUUUUUUGAUUUUUUGAAUACAAAAUAAAAAUGUAAACAUUUUUUAAUAGGGUGCCAUUUGGACAUAACAGAGUGGACAAAACACCAUCACCUUUUUGUUAUGUUUGGAACAUAAAACAAAAUUGAAACAUUUAUUUAAUAGGGCACCAUUUGGACAUAACUGAGGGGACACUAACAGAGGGUACACACCCUUAUUAAUGAACUUUUUUUAUUUUAUGAAAAAAUUAAAAAGAGUGCCAUUUGGACGUAACAGAGUGGACAAAACACCUUUCAUCAACACAUACCGUAAAACAAAAAUUUAAACAUGUUUAAAUAGGAUGCCAUUUAAACAAAACAAAGUGGACACUAACAGAGGGGACAAAACACAUACAUCAACUUUUUUUUAAUGUUUUGAACAUAAAACCAAAAUUUAAACAUUUUUUAAAAUAGUUGUGCCAUUCGGACGUAACAGAGUGGACACUAAGAGAGGGGACAAAACACCUUUCAUCAAUGUUUUGUUCAAUUUUUGUUUUGAAUAUAAAACCAACAUUUAAACAGAUUGGACAUUAACUGAGGGGACAUUUUGUGCUAACUACAUUUGAAAAUAAAAAUAAUUAAAAUCCAUUAAGAAAUGAAUUUAGGAGUCUGUACCCUUAAAUUUAUAAUUGAUAAUAUACACAAACAAACAAAAAAAGUUGAGUAUUUGUCCAACUUUAGUGAAAAUACAGCUCCAUUCAUACCAGGGACAUAAGUGGCACCGUAUAAAAUCAGUAAUAAAACGAAGUACUUACCCAUUGUUCAUCGAAAAAUAUGAAUGCAAACAUUUCUGAUGUAAAACCGUUAAGAAUGAAAUAAAAAAUACAAACAAUCGAAACAAUUUUGCGGAUGGUGUAAAAGGGGCUAGCGGACAACCAAACCACAAAGGGACGAAUAUAUAUUAUACAUAUAUAUAUAUAUAUAUAUAUAUAUAUUCUCUUAUAUAGUGCUUACACACUACUACUUAGCAUUGCAAAAAAUAAAUAAAAAAAAUAAAAAACAUAGCAUAAUUGUGUCGUACGUAGCAUAAUCUUGUUGCAACAGAGUGUUUUUAUAUUUUUCUAAUUGGAAUAAUAUAUGGGAGAAGAAAAUCCAUUGGUUUUUGUCCACUCGCAACUUCAUUUUUCAAUAAUCCGCAUCCGUUAGCAUGUUAGCAUGACUAAGCUAACGCGCUAGCGUUUUCGCUUUCAUUUUGCCUGUCGCAAAAGUCCAAAAAGGUGGAAUUUCAAUGCAGUAAAAUCGAGAAGAAAGACAAAAAAACUCUUUUUCUUGUUGUUGUUUUUUUUUUGUUUUUUUUUUUGUUAGCACUUAAUGUGAACGUUGUUGCAUUGUAGCUGCUCAGACGGCAUGGUGUGAAUAGAAUAACCAUUUUCAUUAUUUAAGUAGUUACACAAAAAAUGCGAUUAUUAUUUAAGUAUGUCAUUGUACUGUGUGUGUGCCUUUUUUUUUCUUUUCUUUUUUUUAUUCGUGUAUUGUAAAUACAACUUAGGGAUGAUAACGUUAUCUUCAGAAAUAUCAAUAUGUCUAUUAAAAUUUAUAGCAUGUCCAAAACGGGGGUGUUUGCUG